AUGGAUGCUUUGAAAACAAAACGAAAGUCGUUAAGAACUUCAUUUACGGCUACGGCGAACAAGUUGAAGGAAUGUUUGACGAAGAAAGAAGACGCCAAGGAUGGCGAUAAGCUGCGCGCAUUGAACUCUCAGUUACAAGAUAAAUUCUUACGUUUAGAUGAGAUUCAGAAUGAAAUUUCGUCGUUACUUUUAGAAAAUACUGACACUGCUGCCGAAUACGAAACUGAUUUUCAGGCGGCAGAGGAUUAUAGAGAUAAUUUUCUUGAGCUUAAAUCCAAGAUAGAAACGCUAUUAAAUAAAGAUUCUGGGUCUUUUUUGGAACGUUCUUCCGAUUUUGAUGUGGUAAAAUUAAACUUACCUAAAUUUGAAUUAAAGAUGUUUUCUGGUGAUCCUAAGGAAUUUUUGACAUUUUGGAGUAUAUUUUCAAAAAUUCAUGAUUCUGAGGAACUGACUGCUAUAGACAAAUUCCAAUAUUUAUACCAGUCUAUGGUGCCUGAUUCGAGAGCUGCUAGAUUAAUUUCCAGUUUCCCAAUAACAACUGAAAAUUAUCCAAAAGCCGUCAAACAGCUGAAAUUAAGAUUUGACCGGGAAGAUCUCUUAGUGAAAAUAUAUGUCCGCGAUCUCCUUUCACUGGUUCUGAAAAAUGCUACGAUUGGAAAGAAUGCCCCUGAUUUAGCCACCCUCUACGAUAUGCUGGAAACAAAAUUAAGAGCAUUGGAAAGCUUAGGGCGCACAAAAGAAAAAUUUGCUGACUUUCUAGGGCCAUUGGUGGAGUCAUGUUUGCCAGAAAAUGUUCUGCGAGCGUGGGAAAGGAGUAGAAUUUCGGAAAGUACUGAUGAUGCUACAAGUCAGAGAUCCCUGUAA